AUGCGAGAUGUUCAUCAUGAUAAGCUAAGGACCAAAAAGGAAUUAUUCAAAAGAAGCAAAGAAGAGUUUCAAAGACUGGGAGGAAUUGUUUCUGAGUUAAUGGAGACCAGCAGGGCGUUGAUGAGAGGACGCCGUCAUGAAGAGAUGAGAGCCAUGAAUGACGACUUGGUACACCUUUGCAAAUCAUUGCCACAAGUAUCGUAUGAGAUGUGUAACGGACAUGAACAUGAAGUGCGGGAACACGAGCUAAGCCCAAGUCUCGAACCAGAUCAAGCGCCCUACGGCAAGAUAACGUCUAGCACCGAGGCGAAUUCCAGUGCUGUUGAAUUCCCAAUCCAAAGUGGACCACUCAAAUGGACGCCGCUUGAAGAAGUACGACACUCUUGA